GUCUUGGAAUUGCCAAUAUGUUCUAUGUGUUUUACGAGGAUGGUAUCAAAGUCAUCCAGCCAGUGGCAUGUGAGAUCCAGAGACACAUAAAGCCCAGCGAGAAACUACUGGGACUUCAGGUAAGACGCUUUACACAACAGAAACACUUCGAUUUCAUAUAGCAUUGUGCUAGGUGUUGGGUUACUGCUAGUAGAUUAGCUGUUCGCUAAUUAGCAUGAUUAGCUUGGGGACCAAUCACCCACAGUAUGAUUCCUUUUGGCUUUCUAACAGAAACACUUUUUCUUCAUGUAGCAUUGUGCUCGGUAUAGAAGUCUAUCUUAACAAAUUAGCUCUUGCUAGCUGUUAGCUAAACAGUGUUUGUAUAAUUCGCUUAGGACCGACCAACUUCAGAGGCUUUGAUAAUUAUCAACUCUUUGAUUGUAUUUGUUUAUUUGAUCUUGCUAACCUGCCACAUAAUAUUUCAUACAGUGGAAGUAGUUGCAUCUCAUAACAAAUAGGCAGGGGCGUACCGCAGUUUCUACACAUUUUGCUAUGGGGCAAAGAGAAACAUUUAUCCAGCAAUUCUACAUAUAUUGCCUUGGGGCAGAGAGAAAAAUUUGCAGUUUUAAAGCUAAUAUCCAGCAAUUCUAUAUGUAUUGCCAUGGGGCAGAGAGAAAAAUGUGCUGUUUUAUAGCUAAUCUCCUGCUAUUCUACACAUUUUGCAAUAAGGCUGAGGGGAGUGGGGGUCUCUAGGCCCCCCCACCUUUUUUUUAUUUAACCUUUAUUUAACUAGGCAAGUCAGUUAAGAACAAAUCCUAAUUUACAAUGAUGGCUUACACCGGCCAAACCCGGACAACACUGGGCCAAUUGUGCGCCGCCCUAUGGGACUCCCAAUCACGGCCAGUUGUGAUACAGCCUGGAAUCGAACCAGGGGGUCUGUAGUGACGCCUCAAGCACUGAGAUGCAGUGCCUUAGACCGCCGCGCCACUCGGGAGCCCACCUUGCGGAGGCUGCGGGGGUGUGUGGUAGGCCAGUGGGCUGUGGGGGUGUGUGGUACAAAUAGGGAGUUAAUUGUCUCUGCGUGUCGCUCUGCUCAUGUAUUUGAUUAACUGAAAGAUCAUGCACUUUUGCACUCCCAAAAGUCUCUCUCUCUCCAUCUCGUCAGGCUCCUUGUUGAAUUGCCAUUUGAAGUUGAAAUGGUUCUCACUCUCUGCUGCGCAAUCCCUUUUGAACCAGUGUAUUAUUCAAAGCAGGUCGCUGAUAGAUGCCUCUUACAUUUACACAUGUACUCAAAUGGGUGCUUUCCUCCUUUUCCCCUUUCAUCGAUUGGACAGCUGUUAUGUGCGAUGGCGUGCCAUGAAUGCACAACGAUCAGGCCCGGGCUCCUCGGAGAGAUGGUGUCUGUAUUAGAAUAUCAAUCACGGUGAACUCUAUGGCAGCAGCAAAUGCACUGUCUACAGGGAAUGUUGUGUGAGUACAUUAGCUCAGAGGCUUAAGUUCAGUCUGGAAAUGGCGCUCACGUCUUACGUUCUUCAUCCCCAGUGUAGAUGAGCAUUGAUUGAUCGUUCAUGGUAACGACCCAACAAUUAAUUUUCUUAACUAGCAUAUGAGCAUCUUACUGUGAUAAAGUGCCAGAUGAAGAGGGGAUGCAAUGCUGUUAGGAAUUCCUAGUACAAUGAGUAGGGAGGCGGGCAUAUUUCCAGAGGCAGGAAGCAAGGGGCGCUACAGAACAUGUUUUUUUAGGUUGGUUUGUGUUUGUUGUGUCCAAGGCUAAGGACUAGUCUUACUUGUACCACAAAAUCAAAUAUGAUCUACAAAGCACAAAUUGUCCUCAGGCAGCUUGUUCGCCUGCCAAGCUUCAAAUUAUGUUUUCUAUUCUUCUAAAGCUUUCCAUUCGAUCCAAGGACAAUGUUGGUGGAACUGACAAGUUCUUCUUCUGCUUAGCUGCCUAGAGUUUCACACAUGCUCAGUUGCGACAUACUGCAGUGUUGUCUACAGGAGGGUAGAGGUCUACAGGAGGGUAGAGGUCUCCAGAUGGAUUCUGAUUUGAUAGUGGCAGAAAUUAGAAAUCUGAUUAAAUCCCCGAGGUUUUAAUAGUUUUGCUCACAAACAUGUCCAUGAAAAUGGAUAUUCAUUUAUCUUGUUGACUGCCAAGUCUGUGAUUGAAAGUAAAUGGUCUAACAGUUACAUUUGUCAUCUGAUUACAUAAACAUGAGCACCCACGUGAACAUAAGCACUUGAACUAAGACCUACUGUAUGUGUAGUAUUGGCAUGGUAUAUUGGCAAAUCAACACGACACCAUCUUCGCCUCGUUCUGAAAGUCAUCCUCUCUGCCCAGUAGUACCCACACACAAACCAACGGCCACACACACAUACACACACACACACACACACACACACACACACACACACAAACUCCGCCAUUCAAACUCUCUGCUGGACAUCAAAUCUUGGGUUUAGCGAGGGGAUUGGGCCCGUGGCGGUGUGGCGAUGUGUGACACCUGUCAGAGAAACCCCCCUCUGUGACAGUAGGAUGCGACUGCGUGAGACAGAGUUCAUCCUUCUAACGCCAUGGCCCAAUUCGGGCCAUGAGGCCUCAAACAAAUCCUCCCACAGCCCAGAACAGAGAUCAGACGCUGGGGCUGAGCCGAGCUCACAGGCCACGGGAGGGGACAGGGAGGGGAUACAGGGACAGAGCAGGGGAUAGAAGAAGAGAGCCUGCACAGCUGAGUCCACACGUGCACAGCAUGCCAAUUUUAGCCAGGUUGAGGGGGGUGGAUAUAGGGACAGUGGUGGCUUGCACACAGGCGAUAGGGAGAUUGGAGAUGUUGGUUCUUGCAUAACAUACCAGAACACAGCAAACCGUGUGUGUGUGUAUUGCUGUUGUGACGAGAGGCUUGGACUUGGGGAUGGCUGAUAAAAUAAUUUACAUUUUAGUAAUUUAGCAGACGCUCUUAUCCAGCGCUUCAGGGGGACUCUGCUGUCCUAGCUUCAGGGGGACUCUGCUGUCCUAGCUUCAGGGGGAUGAAAGAAGAUAAAGAACUUGUUUUUUAAUGUGUGAUUUUUAUCAAUGUUGCAUGAUACAUGUACAGUAUUAACUGUUUGUGGGUGUGUGUGUUUGUUUGUUUUUUAUUUUCAGGCUGAGGUUUGCCCCAAGUCAGCGGGGGAGGCCGAGCAGAAGUGUGUGUGGUCAUCGGCGGUCAACGUGAAGGACACGUUUAUUUAUGUUACACAGCCAACCUUGGCCAGGGUGCUUGUGGUCGACAUCACAUCUCAGAAGGCUGUCCAGGUAAUUUCGGCCCCGAAAGUGUAAUAAUCAACAUCACCUUCCUCUUUGGACAGGUUCUGUUGUGGAGUGUUUUGCAGUAAACACAAUAACAACCAAAUACGGCAUCCAUAUUAGGAAGUCCCUUAGUUGUCAAACGAAACAACAAUUGGCUACAAAGCAAUGGCUGUAAUGUUGUCUUGUUAUAAAAAUGUGUUAUUGUGCCUUUUUCAUAUCUGCACCUAUUCUACUCACUCCAAUUUGUCAAUUUCCAUGGAAGCCUUGAGUCGAAAGGACCUUGAAUAUGUGUUUCACACUUUCAAUGCAAAUGUGUUUUUCUGUUGUUUUUUUUACCCAGGAACCAUUUAUAAAGCAAAUGUUGAACAAAUGAUGAAGUUGAUGUGUCAGAGAGGGUUACACUAUUCACAACAACUGACAAUAAUGUAGCACAAGCUCUAGCUAUUCAAGGGGAAGGACACAGCCUUUUUCACAAAGCUUCAGUUGAGUCAGAAUUCAUUUUGAUACAAAUGCACUGUCCUUCAUCCAGGAACUCAGUUACUUAAUGUGAUAAAGAUUUGAGUUUCAUUGUUUGAAUGUCCUUUCCUUAACCUGACCAAAAUAUGUGUCUUUUUUAAAAUUCUAAAACCAGUGAAAGCUGGUGCCAGUGCUCAAUUGACGUCCUUUUUAAAAGUAACUUUGUCCUUUUACAACUAGUAUAGUUGGUGUAGUGUAGGGUAAACCCACAUAAAGGCUGUUUAAACACCUAUUGUGGAAAAAUGCAUUGAAAAUAUAGGGAGUGUUACUUUAUUCACUUUAAACGGUGAUCAACGUUUACCCACCUAUUGUUUUACCUCUACGUCACUGCUGACCAUGAAGUCACAACAACAAAAAAUGUCAGCCUGACAUUGCAGUUUUGCCUGAUGGGAAUGGUUAUGAUGAACGAAAACGAUCCAAUGUUCUUACAGUAGGAGGGUGCCUUAAGCAGGUUGUCUAUGUUCCGUCUUAAAAAGGUGUGUGUCUCGGAGUAAAAGGACUCUGCAGGGGGACCAGAAGGUGCCCAAUUUCUGCUGCAGGAAGACUCCCCAGGGCCCACCGGUAGUCAGGUUGUUGUGCUGGUGACCACCACAGGCUUGUUAUUGGGUCACGUGGAGGUUUGGCUUCAUUACUUUAGAUGAGCUAACACUAAUUAGCCACCUGAUCCUCGCUCAGCUCUUCCAAGGAAAGAAAAAUGGCGGUGUCUCCAUUUGUUACUCACUUUCUCUAUUCACUUUGAAAAUGUAGUUGUACUUUAAAUUGACUGGCUAGGUGUAGCUUUAAAUUAACUUACUAGGUAUAGCUUUAAAUUGACUGGCUAGGUGUCUCUUUAAAUAGUGCGGUGAGAAAUGUCCUACAUAUCAUAGUUGGUACCACUGUAUUGUAUGCAUUAUACGUAAACUUUUAUAAAGUUGUAUUUAUUUCAAUAAAAAAUCACUGUACUGGAUUUAUUCUGUCUAAUUCAUAGCAUAGCCACUAUCACAGACAGAGAGUAGGUACAUGUGAUUAUGGAUUGAGUAACACUCCUCCAGAGGCAGGAGGGGAGGAGAACAACACCUGUUCCCUCUGACCAUACCCUCAGAGAUUAGCUAGGACUCAACACGUCUCUCUCAUAUCUCCUCGUAUGAUAAAUCCCCUCACGACGUGUUUACUCUCACUGUAAUACCAUACGCUUUACCAUGAAGCAGCCAGUUAAAAUGCUCCAUUAGGAUUUUACAGUAGACAAAACAUGACAUUACGGGAAGGACAAAAAUACUACUUCACCAUUUAGCUAGUUUUUUGUGUCUGCUCAAAUUUCCUAGAAAGAAUGACCAUUAAUGCUUUUUGCACCAAACUAGCAUUGUUGUUUUUCUCUCUAUUCUCAUCGUGUGUUGGCUAAUGUCAAUCUGCACCUGAGUGGACAUAAUGCACGAGAGCCACUCGGCUGCCACAGACAUGUCUCAUCCGUCGGAACCGACUGGAACACAUCAUAGGCAGGUGUCAAGGAAUGGACACGGAUUGAAAGCGAUUUCUUUGUUGUUGUAGAGCAAUUGCCACUGUUACUGCUCAAUUUGAAAUGCUGCUCCACCUCCAAACACCUCAUACAUAAAAAAGGCGAGCCUCCCCUCUGUCUUGUUAAAAAUAAAAACUUGAUUCUUCCUGUCAAAUCCAAUGCAUUAGCAAGCGAGGAAAGUUUUGAUAUGCGCUGUACUGACUGUCAAAGUGUAUAUCUGUUCAAAAACAGUGUUGAAUUGUCCUGAGUUGCUCUUAAGUGCAGUCAUGGCUUCAAAUAGUUGCACUUGUGUCAAGCUGUGCCUGAUUGAGCUCUCCUGGCAUGAUGAAACCAAUGCAAAAGUCCCAAAAGUCCACCUGGCACUCCAGAAAGGCAAAAGCGUGAUGAGACUAGUUAAGUGCAGUGCUAUCUAUAUGAGGUUUGUUCUUGUGUGUGCUUUCAGACGGUGAGCACUGACCCCUACCCAGUGAAGCUGCACUAUGACAAAUCCCACGACCAGGUGUGGGUCCUCAGCUGGGGAGACAUGGAGAGGAACUUCCCCACUCUGCAGGUAACUGUUUGAUAUUACAAUACAUAGAGGAGUGUCAUGUGUUGGUUUUGAUACCUUCUUGAUGCUAAAGUGGGCCUAUAUAUGUCAAAUACUAUAAUGUUUAGUGUAACUCACUGUUUAUUGACAAUACAUCUAUUUGUUGUGAGAAGGCGUAAAAACAUUGUGAUGUGACAUUUUCAGAACACUUACAAUUGAUGUGCCUUCUUAUAAUUACUAUUCUUCCAAUGGGACACAUUCUCAACUGUCAAUCCAAGUUUUGUCAACAGCCCUUUCCCAGAUAGCACAGUUCUAGGUGGCAUUUUCUGUUUGCAGCUCAAUACAAGUUAUUAGCCUGCACUGCUGCUGGGUUGUUAGGAGGUGCCAGUCUCUCUAGUGCAUUGUGGCAUAAUUAAGACACACACAUACACAGGGCUUCUCCUCCCAGUGUGAGUUUGUGUCAGAGGAGAUACAGGAGGCAAACACAGUGAAUAAUUCAUGGAGCUCAUGUUAAAUAUCUCCCCCAUCUUCUCCUCCUUUCCCCUCCCUCACCUGUCUCCUGGUGUGGUGCUAGGUGAUCAAUCAGGCCAGCGGGAGUGUGUCCCACCAUACAGUCCACACCCAGCCGGUCGGCAGACGCUUUGAUAGGGUGGAUGAUUUCUUCAUUCCCGCUGCUAGCCUCAUCAUUAAUCACAUCAGGUAUGUCAGUGUCGGUGCGUGUGUGAGUGAGAGAGAGUCAGUGUGUGUUUGUGUGUGUGUUUGUGGGUGUGUGUGCGAGAGAGUUGGUGUUUGAGAGUGAAUCUAAAGACAGUCGUUUAACUCCCGAGCAUCACCACCUCCCGCCUCGGACCAGCGCCCCACUGCCUUCAGAAAAGUGGGGUUUGGCGCGUUCACUGAACCACCACUUGUCAGCAACAAAGCGUCUAAAUAUGCGGAGCAGAUCGAUUUGGACCAUACGCUUUUGCCGGACACUCACCGAGACUCAGUCACAAGCUGCUGACCCACCGAAGCUUAACUUGAUACAGAAGGCUGGCGCUUUACCAAGUUGGAGUGGUGGAGGGAACCAAGUGCCACUCCGGGAUUUCAGGAUGUUAACAGUCUCCCGGAGAGUUACGUUCGCUAGCCCUAGUUGUAAUUAGGUCCACCAAGAUCUGCCUGAAAGGGUUGCUAAAAAACACGGCAGUAAUGAGAAUGUAUGUUCAGAAAGCCAAACAUCAUAGUCUCUCAGAUGAAAAUAAACAAAAAUACAUGUUUUAUUAACCCUAAUUUUGACCCCAGCUGUAUAUUUUUGAUGUAUUUCAGAGGUGGUUUAUUACAGUACGUGGCCUAAUAUCUGUGCACUUCCAGAUAAGGGUAAUUCCACCAUCACAGAGUGAUGCUGAGACUCAGAUUUUUCACUUUCAAAUGUAUGUCAAACAAAAACCAAUGAUUGCAAAGUAAACCAUACUUGAAGAACAGUGCAGAUGCAAAGUUUGAUAACAGAAUGAUGGUUUGUGCUGUUGGUGCCAUCAUUCUGUUACCAAACUUUGCAUCUGCACUGUUCUUAAAAUAAAUGUGUAUUUGUAAAAUGUUCAGUGGAAAUUGUUAAAAGUUGUCCUUAUGCAUAGAGUUGAUUUGUUUAACUUUGCAGUCAUUAGUUUUUGUUUGGCAUACAUUUUAAAGUGAUACCUCAGUCUCAGCAUCACUCUCUUACGGUGGAAUUGCCCAUAACAUAUUUAGGUUUGGAUACAUCCCUAUGGCCUAACUAUGUUGAUCCUUUUCCGCCCCAGUAUUAGCUAGUUAUUGCUUAUACAUGACGCCAUGCUAACAAGAAAUAAUGACCAUCUCUAGUAGUAGCUAGAAUCUAGCUAGAUUAAGAUGCCUAUUUUUUUUAUGUGAAAGCUCUGGUCUCUCCACAAGCCAUUACUGCAAAGGUUUCACUUAGUGGACUCCCUUGAGCUCUCCUUUUACUUAUAAUUCAGCAUUAACUAGGGUUGGGCUGCAUACCUUAUAUACCGUAUAUCGGGGUAUUUGGAAAUAUCCACGGGAUGGUUUUUCAAUACCGUUGAAACUAUUUAUUAUACGUUUUUUUUAAAAUAAAUGUCAAUAUUUUUUGCUACUUUUUAAGUAAAUACCAGCAGUCAACUUGUGCAAUACGUUAGGAGAUUAAGCAGAUCGCGCUCUUCAUUUCACAUGCCACAUAAUUUUUCAUUAUGAAGCUUGCCGGUAUUCCCCAGUCACAUGUUGUUUGUUUACAAGCACACAACGACAAGAGACCGGAGCCUUGUGAGUCACUCACUGUUGUGCAGCACACACCAAGUGAUCUAGCUAGUAACAGUAUGGAAUUCACAACUGGCACACGUUAGUGAAUGCUAACCUCCCCUGUUAUUGUAAUGGUGAGAGGCUAGCAUGUCUUGGGGGUAUGAUAUCUGUGCGUCUCACUCAUCAUUAUCCACGAUUAAUUCAGGACAAUCCAUAAUGUUGGUAGCAUCCACAUGAAUGCAGAAGUGUUUAGAAACAUAUUCUAUUCUUAUUUACAAUAAAAUUACUCCAAAAUGACACACUACAUUAUUUACUAACAGCAAAUGCAUCCAACACAUUUAUAGAGUCACAAGUUUGAUGAAAUCAUUGUGUGCUAGAAAUAUGGGACCAAAUACUAAACUUUUGACUACUUUCAUACACAUAUAAGUGAAUUUGUCCCAAUACUUUUGGUCCCCUAAAAUGCUGUAAUUUCUAAACGGUUCACCAGAUAUGGAUGACAAUUAACGCUGACAGUCUGCACUUUAACCUCAUAGUCACUGUAUAGUUUCAAGCCAAUACAACAAAAAAUGUGUCACUGUCCCAAUACUUUUGGAGCUCACUGUACACUACCAGUCAAAAGUUUGGACACACCUACUAAUUAAAGGGUAUUUAUUUUUAAUUUAUUUUUACAAUUGUUUACAUUGUAGAAUUAUAGUGAAGACAUCAAAACUAUGAAAUAACACAUAUGGAAUCAUGUAGUAACCAAAAAAGUGUCAAACAAAUCUAAAUAUCUGUUAUAUUUGAGAUUCUUCAAAUAGACACCUUUUGCCUUUACGACCGCUUUGCACACUCUUGGCAUUCUAUCAACCAGCUUCAUGAGGUAGUCACCUGGAAUGCAUUUCAAUUAACAGGUGUGCCUUGUUAAAAGUUAAUUUGUGGAAUUUCUUUCCUUAUUAAUGCGUUUGAGCAAUCAGUUGUGUUGUGACAAGGUAGGGGUGGUAUACAGAAGAUAGCCCUAUUUGGUAAAAGACCAAGUCCAUAUUAUGGCAAGAACAGCUCAAAUAAGCAAAGAGAAGGUCAGUCAAUACGGAAAAUAUCAAGAACUUUGAAAGUUUCUUGAAGUGCAGUCACAAAACCAUCAAGCUGUAUGAUGAAACUGGCUCUCACGAGGACCGCCACAGGAAUGGAAGACCCAGAGUUACCUCUGCUGCAGAGGAUAAGUUCAUUUAGAGUUACCAGCCUCAGAAAUUGCAACCCAAAUAAAUUCUUCACAGAGUUCAAGUAACAAACACAUCUCAACAUCAACUGUUCAGAGGGGACUGUGUGAAUCAGGCCUUCAUGGUCGAAUUGCUGCAAAGAAACCACUACUAAAGGACACCAAUAAUAAGAAGAGACUUGCUUGGGCCAAGAAACACGAGCAAUGGACAUUAGACCGGUGGAGAUUUGUCCUUUGGUCUGGAGUCCAAAUGUGAGAAUUUUGGUUCCAACCACCGUGUCUUUGUGAGACGCGGUGUGGGUGAACGGAAGAUCUCUGCAUGUGUAGUUCCCACCGUAAAGCACAGAGGAGGAGGUGUUAUGGUGUGGGGUGUUUUGCUGGUGACACUGUCUGUGAUUUAUUUAGAAUUCAAGGCACACUUAACCAACAUGGCUACCACAGCAUUCUGUAGCGAUACGCCAUCCCAACUGGUUUUGGGCUUAGUGGGACUAUCAUUUGUUUUUCAACAGGACAAUGACCCAACACACCUCCAGGCUAUGUAAGGGCUAUUUUAUCAAGAACGAGAGUGAUGGAGUGCUGCAUCAGAUGACCUGGCCUCCACAAUCCCCCGACCUCAACCCAAUUGAGAUGGUUUGGGAUGAGUCGGACGGCAGAGUGAAGGAAAAGCAGCCAACAAGUGCUCAGCAUAUGUGGGAACUCCUUCAAGACUGUUGGAAAAGCAUUCCAGGUGAAGCUGUUUGAGAGAAUGCCAAGAGUGUGCAAAGCUGUCAUCAAGGCAAAGGGUGGCUAUUUGAAGAAUCUCACAUAUAAAAUAUAUUUUGAUUUGUUUAACACUUUUUUGGUUACUACAUGAUUCCAUAUGUGUUAUUUCAUAGUUUUGAUGUCUUCACUAUUAUUCUACAAUGUAAAAAAGAAAAACCCUUGAAUGAGUAGGUGUGUCCAAACUUUUGACUGGUACUGUAUACACACACUCACUCAAAUACACUACACUGACACUCUCACACCAAACUUACACACAUUCACAUAUGCACACACACACAUUGCCCUAUAUGCACUAGAUUGAACUUCCCAGGUGUGAUAGGUAGGCGGACUCCCACCCUUUAGGUCGAAUGGAAAGCACAAACCCCGCCCACUCUGGACAGAUCAAACUCAAUCAAGCACACCUACUGAUAGCUUUUCAUGCUAAGUAACUCCCUUAGCCUCAGCCAAGAUCGAUCCAUUGUGGGUGUUCCCAACAACUCCCCCAAACCAAUAUGCAGUCAGUGCACCUCACAGCACAAAACAGGAGUCCAGGGCAUUAAACAUCACAAUAUACAAAGGCUUUGAAGGCUGUUAGAUUUGCCAGGCAAAACCAUCCGGGGGCAUUGGGGAGCUGCGAAUCAAUGCCAAGGAUAUGUUGUUGUGCAUAAGGCCUUUUUAAAUACCCUAUCCCUUGGAACCUUCUGAUAACGCGGCUUACAAGAGCCCUUGAUUGUGAUCUUAGGGCGCAUAGAGUCUCUAGUCAAUGUUUUUGCCGACUAUUAUUGAGGUCUUGGACUUCAAUUCCGGUCCAAUCUUUUGUGCUGUUAUGUCUAUUUCGCUUGGUGGUGAGCCGACAGGGCUGAACGUUUUGUUGGCUGUAUUGUAUGUCAUGUUUUUACAUUUCUGUCUGUGAAUGGACAAUGGCCAGUAAGAGUCUGUCGGUAGACCUUGCAGUGUUCAUGUGGAUGAUUUAAUAUACAUGAAUUAAAAUGUAUUUUUUAUUUUCAUAUUGGAAGAUGGUUAGACAAGGACAUUAAUAACCCAUACAUAACACAUUCAUAACCCAUACAUGAUACAUUCAUAACCCAUACAUAACCCAUUCAUAGCAGUGCAUAAUAUUAUUUUUUUACAUGCUUAUGUCAACCAUAGCAAGCUGAUGUAUUCAUUAUGUCACAGUACUGCAAUGAUACGUUUGUGGUGGUAGACAUGAGCAUUUCAUCAAUGUUUAUGUUGCAUAUGUGUUAUAUUGAGUUGAUUUACUGUCCAUUAUAAACAUAGGGGUACAGUGGGAGGUCCUUUCAUAUUCUACAGUUCUCUAAUAUUUAUUAACAUCCAGGUAUUCCCACAAUAAACCCUGCAGGGCAUAACAAACGACUUUCUUUAGGAGCUCACAUUCAUUAAAAUAAUUGACUAAACUUCACACCAUUCUGCUAGUAAGCAAACUCUUUAAUGUGAUGUUCUUCCUUAGCAGGUAUACAUCUUGCACUGCCUUGUUUUUUGUCAAUUUGCUAUUAAUUGUACAGUAAGCCUAAUGGAAAUAGCAACAAGAUUAGUUGGCAUGUAAUUUGGGCGGAGUGGUGGGUUCAACAAAUAAAUAUGAAACCUUUUUUUUGGUUGUCUCGCCUAUUAGCGACAACUUUAUUUUCCUCUGUUUAUGAAUGGAGUUCCAGUGAACCAAAAAGCAAACUAUUUUGAAGUAUGCAAGCAAAAGUCCAACAAAGUAUACAGCUCAUAACUCAACACACAAUAGUUACUUUUCACAUCAUUUCACAGUAUUUGGAAAAAUAUGCAUAGUGUACCCAUAAUGGGAGGCAAGCUAAAAACAAAACAACAAAAGUCAACUGCAAAUUUGUAUUUUGCUCAAUGUGUUGAUACAUGAUAUUGGUUUACAAGCAAAGCCAGCCCAUUUUUCUUGAUCACUUUUUCAAAAAAACUUCAGGAUUAGUCAUUUUUAGACAAAAUAAAGCUGAAGGCAAAAUUGUCAUAUUGACCUUCAUAUAUCAAGCACUCUGUUUUAUACUACUGUAGAUGUGCUAAAUUCACUGAUCUGUCCUAUUGUACACAUUUGUAGAGUAGGGACAUUUAUCAUAGGGACUAGGGAUGUCCCACAAUGUACACCUACUAAUGAUACGUUCUCAUAGCACUUCAUUGUAUUCAUAGUUGCUUGCACUGACACAGUACUCUACCAGGAUUCAACCAACAACAUAAUUUUAUUUUCCUUUCUCCUCUUUCUCCCAUAGAUCAAAUUAUAGUUUUUGUUUUAAUGUGUUAUCUUUGAAUUCAUUUCGCUUCCUGUGGGUGUGCUUUUUUUUAUUCGACAGUGCUCUUGUUGGGAUAAAAAGCUCCAUGGGAAGAAUUCCUGGGGAUUUUGUGUUGGAAGUUGGAACAUUCUAGAAUCUCCCAAAGUCAAUUUUUAAAGGGUAUUUAUUUAUCAAAAGAUAAAGUAAAUGGCAAUGGACCAUGCAGUCCCUCCUAUCUCAUUAUAACCCAAUGCAGCACCUAGUUCACGUCAACCAUCAGUCCCUUUGAUGACAAAGUCCCCAGCCCUAGCUUCCCAAAUGGACUAUACAAUCUCUGGAUCAAUGCUUUUCUUCACAGUGCUGAAAAUAUGCUCCAUCACUCUCUAACAGCGAAUUUCUGUCCACAUGAAGAGACAGCGGGGGCGUUUAAAAUUGCAUAAAAGAAGAUGGAUGAUACCAAGAUUGAAGUGCAUGUCAGAAUUAAUCAGACAGCAUUCAGAUUUAAUUGAGCCUUGUCGGCCCCGCACAUUCUCCCUCCAGACUUUAAAGAGACAAUUCUAAUGUGUCAUUAUCACUCCUCUCUGGAUUUGUUAUGUAUAAUAUAGUAUUUUUAAUGAUUAAUAUGCCCAUUGAAAUCUACUACUGUAAAGCAUAGGGCAGACAAUUUCAACUCAGCAUGCACAGAUUGCUCAUCUGAGUCGAUAAGAAAAUGGCCACUGAAAUGUCUAGACCGUAUCCACCGCGCUCUUCUCAAACCAAUCUAAAGGUAUUUUCUUUGAGGAACUGAGAUAUUGUAGCUAAAAGAUUCACACACCCCUCUGUCAAAUCUAUUUAGUCCAUUCAGAGUAUAAUAAUAGGAGAGGUGGUGCAAAUGGAAGGUCCUGUCACUGUUAAGAUAUUCAUCACAAAAUGUGCACCUAUUCAAUAUUCAAAUGUGCACCUAUUCAAUAGACCUAGUACUUCUCUCGACAAUCUUAAAUGUAAUUCUACCCUCCACAAUUGUAAAUAUAACUGUAGUCUUGGUGAAGGUUUGCAUUAUUUCUAAUCUAGCACCACUAUGCAGUGUGAAUCAGGAUGCAUGUGCAAAUUGAUUCAAGGCUGUAGGUGUAAUGUGCACCAUUACUUAAUUAAUUAAUUAAUUAAUAAGCAUAAAAUAACUUUUACAAUUUUUUGGUGUCGACCCUCUACAGUGCAUAUAAUUGUUUUGUGUGCCACAAAAACUUGUGAACAAGUUUACUAACAUUCAAAAUGUCUUCUCUCUGUCUAGAUUUGGAAUCGUCCUCCACAGAAAUGAACCGGCACUCCACAAGAUCGACCUGGAGACCACGUCGUCAGUGAAGAACAUCAGCCUGCGCGAGUACAACUGUAUCCCCAAGUCUCUGGCUUACUCCCACCUGGGCGGCUACUACUUCGUCAACUGCAGGCCCGAUUCCACAGACGCCACUCAGCCCCAACUCAUCGUGGACAGUGUGACGGACUCCGUGAUUGGACCCAACAGGGACGUCACUGGCACCCCGUAUGUGUCCCCAGACGGUCACUACCUGGUCACGGUGGACGACCACGAUGGCCUGAUGAGGAUCCAGCAGAUCACGGUGCGUGGGGAGAUUGGGGAGCCUUUCGACAUCCACACCAACCUCCACCUGUCUGACGUGGCCUUCCAGCCAUCGUUCACCGAGGUCCACCAGUACAACGUCUUCGGUAGUUCGGGACACCAAACGGACUCUCUCUACGUCGAGCUGAGCACAGGCAAUGUGAAGAUGAUCAAGAGCCUGAAGGAGGCCACCAAGACUUCCGAUUGGCCGUGGAGUAGUAGGAACCGUGUGAUGACCGGCAGUGGAAUUUUCGGACAGUACCUCAUGACCCCGUCCAGUGAGUCUAUCUUCAUCCUGGAUGGUCGUCUCAACAAGCUCAACUGCGAGAUCACCGAUGUCGUCAAAGGCAAUGUAGUGGCGUGGGUUGGCGAGUCG